UUGGUAUUCGAUCUUUGUUACUGGACCAUCUCAUGCAGACUGCGUGGCAGACACUGAGUCCAGAACUUCUCGAUCUCAUCGUCCAACACCAUAUCGACGAUCAUCCCAGCCUCUAUACUGCCAGCCUUGUCUGCAGAAACUGGAAUCAGGCGACAAGAUACCAUAUCUUUGGACGAGUCAGACUUCCAUUGGGUCGCUGCGAGCGCCUGAAGACAUUCAUUGCCCUCGUGCGUCAUCCAAAAUGCACCUUCGCUGCGCACAACGGUGUUAAAAGCGCUAUACGCGAACUUUCGCUUGUCCCGCCCAAUCUUGACGGUGGAGAAAUCACAGCUGGAAUGCGCGGAGAGUUAGAAGAGUUGGCGCGACUGGCUGGCGCGCGCAGCUUGACUAUCUACUAUCCACGGCUCAUGCCGGCCAUCUGCCUGGCGGUGCUCACCGGCGCUUUUCAAGGGAUACAGAAACUCGCUUUCAAGAUACGUUUCUCGACUCUGGCAGACGGCAUCCGAUUCGCGUGCUCCUUCGAUGGUUUGGAGGAACUCGGUUUCGACGCGGUGCGGGCUGCUGUCGGUGAAUAUCCUGGCGAGGACCUCGUCAUGCCUCAGGGCUUGAAAAAACUCACACUCUGCUCCCUGCGUGGUCAUGAAGUUUGGUUCGCCGAUAAGCGUGUCGCAAGCCUCACUGAACUUGCACUACACAAUAUACAUCCAAUCAAGGAUGCUGGAAGAUUAGACUUGAUCCUCGCUACACUCGGCGCCCAGCUGAAGAGUCUCACGAUCAUUUUCGCUGCGCAGAAAGGCGAUUUGGAAAUCCAGACCGACUUGAGCCCACUGACAACUCUCCGGUAUCUCGAAUUGGACGUGUCGUCUAUUAGUAGAAAGUCCGUCCUGCAGGCGUUGCUCAAGCUGCCAACACCCGUCACUCAUCUCGAGUCUCUCACUUGGUGCGCUCGCCGUUCUUCCUUCGAAGGACUUUCAGCCGAGCACUGGACGAGUCUGGAUGAUUUAUUGGCGAACGGGACUGCUUUUCCCGCGCUGCAGAAGAUCGAUGUCACUGCCUCCACUGGAGGCAAAUACGAUGUAACAGAGAGGCUGAAUAAAUGCGCGGCCAGAAAGAUACUGUCCCAGUGA